AUGGCUGUGGCUCAGUUCUUGGAAUCACACCCAAGAAUUGCGUGGGUUAACUAUCCCGGCCUGGAAAAGAACCAGUUUCACGAAAACGCCAAAAAGUACCUCAGAAAUGGUUAUGGAGGUGUCCUCUCAUUUGGACCUAAGGGAGGAGACGCUGCUAGCAAGAUGCUCAUGAACUUUGUCAAGGUUGUAUCCCACCAAACAAAUGUUGGAGAUUCAAAGACUCUGGCGACGCACCCUUGGAACUCUACUCAUGUCAUCAUGUCUGAGAAGGAUAGAAGAGAGGCAGGAAUCACACCAAUUGGAUGGGCUGAUGAGAUCCUCGCGCAGGCAUUCAUUCGAUUCUCAGUUGGAACAGAGGAUGUUCGAGACAUUAUCGAGGAUCUUGACCAAGCUCUGGCGCGGCUGCCGGAUAACAUUGUAAACGCACACGAUGAGCGGUUGGAAGCUAAGCUGGCGGCGGCUCAUAAUGGUGCAACUGCCGCUGAAUCCAUCGACAGCGUUGAUUUCGUAGAUGCGGAUGUUUCAAUAUCCAAAGCUAACGUCCCACUUGGACGUCAGACAGCAGUUGGAAACUGGUAA